GGUAUCUUGUCUAGUCGUGUGAUAUGGCAGAAGACGGGAAGUUCCGAAUUGAAAAGUUCGAUGGUACAUAUUUCAGUUGGUGGAGGAUGCAAAUUGAAGAUUUCCUUGUUCAGAAAGAUUUGGACGUGGUAUUGGGUGACAAGCCAGAAAAGAUGUCAGAUGCAGAUUGGGCAGGGUUGGAUCGGAAAACAAUGUCCGUGAUCCGUCUCUCGUUGACCAAGAAUGUUACGUUCAACAUUCUGAAGGAGAAGACAGCGAAGGGAAUUAUGGACGCGCUGUCUGACAUGUACGAGAAGCCAUCUGCAACGAACAAAGUUUUUCUGAUAAGAGAGCUGGUGAACACAAAAAUGAAAGAAGGCACUUCAGUUACCGAGCAUAUCAACAAGUUGAAUUCGAUCUUAGCCAGACUAUUAUCAGUGGGCAUUAAGUUCGAUGAUGAAGUUCAAGCUUUACUACUGCUAUCGUCUUUACCUGAUAGUUGGUCCAGAACGGUUACUGCAGUUACCGGUUCAGUGGGACCCGAUGGAUACACCUUUGAUCAGAUUCGAGAUCUCGUUCUUGGCGAGGACGUCAGAAGAAAGAGUUCAGGGAGUCAUCUGGUUAAUUGCUUCAUGUUGGGUAUAUUUUGGGGCGUUACAGACAUAGUGCUGAAGACCCCAGCUGGUUUCUGGACUUUGAAGGAUGUCAAAAUUGUUCUAGCCUUGAAGAAAAGUUUGAUUUCUGUCAGGCAGUUGGACGAACAGGGACACGAGGUGAAGUUCAGAGAUGGGCAGUGGAAGGUUGUGAAGGGAAAUCUUGUCAUGGCCCGUGGAGGGAAGAGAGGUUCGUUGUAUAUGGUCGAGUUACCAUCUGAGGGAGUGACUGUCCAGUUCAGAAGAAAAACGAAGUCCGGUUCACAGAGUCUCGUGGGCAGAAUAAGGUUGUCUGUGCAAGAGAGAAACCUAGAGCCACUGGUCAGACUUAGGAUGAACGAGCAUGGAAAGGUUCAAGGGGGCCAGUCAGAGGGCCGCUGCAACAGGAGAGCUGAGGAAGAUUACUCGAUGUACAGGGAAUCGUGGUGGAUGGCAGUUGAUGACUAUCAAGCCUCCAAGUGGGAGAAUGUUGGGUUUGUGGAGGCUUGGGCUUGACUUUUGGCCCGGCCCAUUUUACGAAACCCUAGAUGCACUCUUCCUAUAUAUAUUGCAUACUUGCACUUGUAAUCAACACCACAAGUGAAAUAAGAAAAUCCUCCUCACUAGUACAAAAAUGACCAAAUAAAUCGCCUCAUUUGCAUCGUUAAGCUAAACAAACGAUGUAAAUGCAAAAAAAAAUUCGCGUAUCGCUU